UAUGAAAUAGAGCACAAGGAGUUGUCUCCCUUCUUGUGUUCCGGAAACAAGAGUCGCGUGUCAUGAAUUCUUAUCGAUUCGUGACUGUCCUUUCCAAGAUUUGCCGUUUGGAACCGCGACAUUCCCUGACAUUUGUGCACAAGAUGGCAACUGAGGCUAAGCGUGGGAAGCUGUCGGAUGAAGAGAGAAGUACUGCCCUGAGCCCCCUGACUGGUGCUGGCUGGUCCAUGGUGGAAGGAAGGGAUGCCAUCUAUAAGGAAUAUCUCUUCAAGAAUUUUAACCAGGCAUUUGGGUUCAUGACGAGAGUUGCUCUCCUGGCUGAUAAGAUGGACCAUCACCCAGAAUGGUUUAAUGUGUACAACAAGGUCCAGGUAACUCUGAGCAGUCACGAUGUCAGCGGUUUGUCACAGAGAGAUGUCAAACUGGCUACGUUCAUGGAGAAGGCUGCCAAAACCAUGCAGGAUUAACAGAGCUGGGCCUGCCACCAACAUACAUUCCAUGUCAUUCCUGGUUAGACGGUAGACAGUUGAUAGAUAGGUCAUCGUCAAUAUAAAGUAUAGCCUCAAAGAAUAUAGUUAAUGAAUGUGUGUAAUUAUCAGCAUAUCAUGACAUUGUCCAUUUGCAUAAUAGACAUAUCUUAUUCAAGGUUCAAGCAGCUAUGAAUCAGGUGAUUUCUGUUAAAAUCCAGAUUUUAAUUAAGUAAAUCCAUAUAUAUCAAAUGUUGACAAAUUAUGUAUCCAUCCUGACCAACUGUUUUAAUAACUGGUCAAUCAUUAGAUCAGAUCUUUGUUCUCACAUACGAUUUCGUUCAACGAAAGAUUACUGGAGUAAAGGAUCUGAUUUGAAUGAGAUAACGAAAAUGUCAAGUAUGUUGGAUCCAAGAAGCUUCAAAUUCCUAUGUGAUAUAUACAUCUGGUUAGUUUUACCAACUGCAUCAUGUGAAAUGAAAUUCUUCUCAGUGAACAUGGCGCUGGUUGCAUGUUCUUUUGGUCUGAAAGUGUAUUAUGCUAUAAUGAUAUAAAGUAAAAUCACAAUCUAGAUUCACUUAUUCAACCAUGACAUUGUUUCGACCAUCCUUUGGUGCUUGUUGUAGUUGAUCAGCCUGGCGGGGAUUUAUCUGGGCCACGAGUCCAGGGUGCCGUUGUACAAAACAACCCUCACGCUACAACUGUCCUAAGUCUCUGGUGAGGUAUGGGAGUUAGUGCAAAGAUCGCUUUUUACAACAGCAACCUGGGAACUCUCAGUCAUUCUUUGUGUGGACCCUGGCAUGUUCCAUGGGGGUCCAGGAUGACCACUGUACCGUAAAUAAAUAAACUAUCACCAGGAUCUUUCUUGUUUAAAACAAACUUGAUUGUUUGAAGAUUGAACGCGGACAGGGAAAUCAAGUUGCAUGCUAGGAUGGCUACAAUUAUAUUUGUGUUAAUUAUUCACAAGGACACACGUUUUUCAUCCCAUGGGUCAUGAAAUGCAAAUAUUUUGCAUCCAUUUCUCAAUUUUUAUAUAGGAUACAAUGUUACUCGUUCAGUAAGACCCUGCAUUGCUGUUAGGCAAAGUGACAUAAGUGACCCCUCUCCUGAAGAGGAAACUAUAUUAAUUUGGUUGUGUUCUGUAUGACCACCAUGUCUAUCAUGUUGUGUGUCUGAAUUAAUAUGUCUAUGUAUGCAUCUAGAAACAAUGCAGUGAAAUCAUUAUGUGAAACAGCUUGCUUGUAUUUAUUGAAGCCCUGCUAGUCUGAAACAUUCAUUCCUAUAUAAAUAUAACAGAUUUGUUGCUGAACUAGUGUUAUAUGAUUUACACAUUAAUAACGAAGAGAUAAUUUGUGAAAGAUUUAUCAAAAUAACUUUAGAUUUAAAAAACCCUGUUUCUUAAUAACCUCAGUUGGUUGUAUGUGAUAUUCAUGCUAUAGGCACAGAUUGAUUUAAGUUUAAUGGCACAUUCAGCCUAAAUCCAUAUACAUAUAUAUGAGUGAGUGAGUGAGUGAGUGAGUUGGGUUUAACGCCGCUUUUAACAGUAUUCCAGUUAUAUCAUAUAUAUGACAGCUGCCUGUAAACAAUCAUGUCUGGAUCUUAUAACCCAGUGAUUGAUAAUAGGAGCAACAAUCCAAAUAGUCAUACUACGACAGGCAAUGCUUUGUGAAUGUUGCAGGCUUUAGUAUAUCAUGAGCAUAGACUUUCAGACAAACAAGGCCUCAGUGUAGACACAGUUCUCAUAUGGAAACAUAUCUACUGUUAUUUGUCGUCAAUGAUCUGAUGACUAGCUUAUGUAAUUUCAGGUAAUGCUGGACUAAGAGCAAUAUAUAUUCUGUGUUGUGAGUAUGUGUACCUUGUGCCUUAGGGUGGUAGAUGUGGCUCCAUUGAAUUGGUUUAUUAAACUCAAUUGAUGAUGAUGAUGAUGAUGAAUAGAGAGGAUGUACUAUACAGUCAUUGGAAUAUGAUGAUCUUUUUAUUGAAACUGCUUUUCAGAAGACAUUUCUAGCAUGCACAGCUACUUUUGAUGAAAAAAGAUUACUUUGAAAUAAUGAGACCACCUCUGCUGUAUAAGUGCAAUAAUCUUGAAUGCAAUGUUAAACCCAAUUGCACUUCACCUUAGAAAAAAGAAGCCAUUUAAAAUGUCAUAUAUUAUCUUAACAGAAGUGGGUCAUGUCAGAUUGCUAGGUUGGGUAAAUGAUGUUUGUUUGGUAGAUUGCAUAUGCUCAGGUGACCUGGUUUUGUGUAGUCGUGACAGUGUGCAAGUUUAAAGCAUGGGACCUCAAUAGGGGGUGCAGAUAGACAUACAUAAUAAUAUAUUCUAGUCAUGAAGUACUUGAAGGACACAUUCACAUGAGGUCAUAGUUGUCUUGUAUUUGAACUAUGUAAUCAUAUGAUCAUGAUUAGAAUCUCAGAGGUGUCUUCAAUGUAAAGCAUUUACGCUGAUUGUUGUCAAAUUCAUACACAUGUUGUUUAUUGAUUUUGAAAGUUAUUGUAUGUAAAUAUGAAGGCAAUAAACAGCUGACUUGUGA